UUAAACAAAAUACAUAAUUCAUCCACCUUUACACCUUAAAAAAAAAUAAAAAAUCAUCCAGCUUUACAUUUUAAAAGUUGAGCAGCAUAUACAAAUUAUACAACUCCAUAGGCCACCGAUACAAUUUAUUACUCCCAUAUUUCCAACACUUUAAAUCCACUCCUCCGCCACCACCACCUCCGCCGCGAAAAUGCCGGCGAAACUGAAAUACGUAAAACUAUGCUACCAAUACAUGAAAAAUCACAUCCUAACCUUAGUGUUGAUACCAUUAAUAAUGGGCGCAAUCCUCCGAUUAAGGCCGGACGAAAUGGUGCAAGGCAUCCACGUGGAGAUGGUUUUGUUGUCCCUGGCGGCGGUGUUUGUGGCGAGCGUGUACCUGAUGUCGAAGCCGCGGUCGAUUUUCCUGGUGGACUACUCGUGCUACAAGCCGCCGGUGACGCACCGCGUGCCCUUCUCGACCUUCAUGGAACAUUCUAGACUCAUCCUGAAAGACAACCCGAAGAGCGUGGAGUUCCAGAUGCGCAUUCUAGAAAGAUCCGGGCUGGGCGAGGAGACCUGCCUCCCCACCGCCAUCCACUACAUCCCCCCCACCCCCACCAUGGACGCCGCCAGGGAAGAGGCCGAGCUCGUCAUCUUCUCCGCCAUCGAUUCAUUGAUGGACAAAACCGGCAUGAAGCCCAAGGACAUUGAUUUCUUAAUCGUCAACUGCAGCCUCUUCUCCCCGACUCCCUCCCUCUCCGCCAUGGUCGUCAACAAAUACAAACUCCGCAGCAAUAUCAAGAGCUACAAUCUCUCCGGCAUGGGUUGCAGCGCGGGGCUCAUCUCCAUCGAUCUCGCGCGCGAUUUGCUGCAAGUUCAUCCCAAUUCGAACGCGCUGGUGGUGAGCACGGAGAUCCUAACCCCGAAUCACUACAAGGGGACGGAGCGGGCGAUGCUGCUCCCCAACUGCCUCUUCCGCAUGGGCGGCGCCGCCAUCCUUCUGUCGAACAAGCGGCGGGACAGGCGGCGCGCCAAGUACAAGCUGGUGCACGUGGUCCGCACGCAUAAGGGCGCGGACGACAAGGCGUACAAGUGCGUGUACGAGCAGGAGGAUCCGCAGGGGAAGGUGGGGAUCAAUCUGUCCAAGGACUUGAUGCUGAUCGCCGGAGAGGCGCUCAAGUCGAACAUCACCACCAUGGGGCCGCUGGUGCUGCCGGCGUCGGAGCAGCUCCUCUUCCUCCUCACGCUCAUCGCCCGGAAGAUGUUCAACCCCAAGUGGAAGCCGUAUAUCCCGGACUUCAAGCAGGCGUUCGAGCACUUCUGCAUCCACGCGGGGGGGAGGGCGGUCAUCGACGAGCUGCAAAGGAACCUGCAGCUGUCGCCGGAGCACGUGGAGGCGUCGCGGAUGACGCUCCACCGUUUCGGCAACACGUCGUCGUCGUCGCUCUGGUAUGAAUUAGGGUACAUCGAGGCCAAGGGGAGGAUGAGGAAGGGCGACAGAGUGUGGCAGAUCGCUUUCGGCAGCGGAUUCAAGUGUAACAGCGCCGUCUGGAAAUGUAACCGGACCAUCAACACGCCCGCCGACGGCCCCUGGCAGGAUUGCAUCCAUCGUUAUCCCGUGCACAUUCCGGAGAUUGUCAAGCUCUGAUCAUCAAUUUGCAUACACAACCUCUAUGUACAAUAUCAAUACGUAUCUACAAGCUUAACAAUGCAUGCUCAUGAUGUUUUCCUUUUAAUUAUUUAUUCUGUUCGCUUGUUUCAUCAAUUUCAUUGGGAAUUUGUACCGAAAAAGUUAUGCAGGCAUCACAGGGAAAUUUCAUGUUCUAUGCAUGUUUCAUUUUUCUAGAAUAUUGUAGACCGUUACUCAAAUUUAAGUAUUCUUAUUGAAUGACAGAAAACGAAAAGCUUUUCUUCUUUGAACAAA